AUGUCGAGAAUCAGGCCCCUCAAUGACGAGCAAAAACUCCCUCUUGGUUUUCCACAUCCAUAUGGAUGUACCCUUCGAAACACAGAGCCAUUUUUCAAUGAAAAUAAUCCCAAAUUAGCAAACUUACAAGGAGAGGAUUCAAACUGGAUCGUAUAUUUUCACGACUUCGAGAGGAUCAAAACCCAAGACAAUGAAAAUCUGGAAUUUGCAUCAUAUGAUUAUUUGAAUAAUCCCACGAACAAAGAAUUUCUCCAGUCGAGAUCUGAGAAAUACAAGAUCGGAGUAUGCCGCUAUGGAAUCGCCUAUAAAAACAUCCAGCAGAUCCUACGUGGUGGCAUUCCAUUGCCAUUAUACUGGCUGGAAACACAGGGAGAUUAUUGCUUCCUCAGUCCAUGUCGGGAUGUAGAUGUUGACUAUAUGCUCAACGAAUAUAUGCCAGAGCGGGAUUCUUGGAUGAAAGCGAGUCAUGAUUGGGUGGGAAGGGUUUAUUCGAAAGACAGGGGAAACCAAAUACUUUAG